GCGUCUGGAGGGGAGACGCCGAAAUGUCGACUUCUCCUGCACCACAAGUCUCGAGAGGGGACCUUAGUCUUCAACCAUCUUAUUUUACCUCCUCGCUCUUUGUUUAUCCUCUGAGGGAAGAUAUAUCUCAGCUUACACAGAUAUUCUCAAACAGGUACUUCCAGAGCGAUCCAUCCCAGCCCUUUGCGCUAUUCAAGACUGUUUGGAACGAACAGGGAUGGACAUGGUUGCAUCUCAAGGUGUUCGAUGCCAGAGCACGAGAACGAUUCCUUGAUGUUGUCCUAAGACUAUUCCUUGAACGACUUAUUGCAGCUAGCCACCCUAUGGCUAAAGCCGUAGCCUUGUUUGGGAUGUAUACUUUCUAUUUCUCCCAACCGUCGACAUCCUCGCCUUCACUGCACUCUCUGAGACAUAUAGCUGUCCCCAUCGACAUAUACAGGUCCAUGCUUGAAUUGCCUUCCAUGCUUGGCGAUGAAGCAUUGCAACCUCUACAGCCGUAUACCACUCAUGUUCUGUCUAGACUUCUUGAUGCUCAGGCCUUUCACAUCCUACCGGAGGCGCCAUUGCGGCCGCAGAAUCCAAGCACCCUGCCUAGAGAAAUGUUUAUACCAGACGGUGUGGACCCUUCGACUAUUCUUGGAAUUCCGACCGAGGCUUCCUCUUCUGGCACAAAUAAACCACCCAAGAAGAAGGGUCGACCGUCGAAACGAGACAAAGCGAAACGAGCGAAAGACGCGGUUACAUCUCUGGAUAGAUGGCUAGAGAAGAACACAUUCACGUAUCCUCCAUUGUCUGGUGUUCCUGGAUCCGAAGGGGCUACAGAGGACGCUCUGAAGACUACACAUGCAUUGAUUGCCCACCGACCAAUGACACUGCAGCAAAACUACAGCUCCCAGAAGGCACAACUGUUGACUUUGCUUGAGCAGACCAUCUCCCAGGAUGAAACGGCGUUUGCACCAUCGGGUUCCUCUAUCACGGUCACUUCGGAUCAACAUCAGCGUCCAGGCAGAGGGGCGCUGUUGCGAGCGAACGAGGCUAUCCUAGCGCGCCUGAAGAAAAUCGACGAGAUGGCUGCGGAGCAGGGGCUUGAAGUCGGUGGGGAAGGUGGAGACAUGACUGGGCUGUCUAGAGUAGAGAGGGCUGUUGUGGAAUUCCGAGAGGGUCGGAGUCGUGGUGGGAUCUUGAACCUGAUGGAGGGUGCGGGCACAGAAACGGAGCAAAAAGGAGGAGAACAAGACAUGACGAUGCAAGAGGGCUCCGAGCCGAACAGUGAAAAUAGUCAAGGCUUGUAACAGCUUGUAACAUAUGUUGUCCGUUCGGCACCUCGUUGUACGACGGAUACUACAGAGCACCUUGGCACCUUGAGCUUUAUAUGAAAUUUCUUUCUGCAGAUUUG